CCGACCAAGCUCACAAGCGAGUGUGUCUCUUACGCAGCGCAAAUGGUCGCGAGAGUCCGCGGAGGCCGGGCUUGCUUAUUAGGACGCCCAAACCCGUAGCGGGAGUGAUUGAAAUCAACUGCCCGGCGCCUCCAGCUGCCUGAAGUGCCCGGCUUGCGGCACGUCUUCCCUAGCGCUGCCCCCCCGGUGGACGGAUCCAAACGGGUCGUCCGGCGCUGGCCCUGACACUGAGUAAUAGGUGGCCCCGCGUGUGUUUCUAAGCGCUAUAGCACGGGCUAGCACAAAGGUUGGCGGGAACCGACGCUGUUGCGGACAGACUCUGCGCCGUCAGCGACCUACAGCGCCUGCCGGAACCCCACUAAACUCCAUCGCUGGGCGCCCCUGGUGGCCCCCGCCCAUUGCUCGGCACAAGACGGGCGGCAGGGGACACUGAAAACGUCGUCUGGCGCUCGUCAUUAUUGCCCUGUCCUCCUCCACACACGCUCCGCUUCCCUGUUUCUCUCAACCUCAACAUCCCGCCGCCCACCUCCGCACCACGCUCCAGCGCCAGCGCCUAUCCCCGCGCGCCCUCCGACCGCCUCGCCUGGCCUUGCCUCGACGCCCGCUACACGCGCUUCCCAAGACGCAUCCCGAUUUCCCUUUGCAAGUCAAUGGCCAGCGGCGUUCGCUAGGACGGAAAGGUGACUGCGGCGCUGGAGAGCUCGCGUUCCCCGCAGUAUCCGCCGUCUGCUGCCCCGGCAUCGGAUGCUGGGGUAAACCUCGAGAAACACCACAUCGAUCCGCCUCUCACGCUCGACGCGACGCGGCACCCUCGAAUAAUAUUUCCCCUUUUUCAAUUUCCUUCGCUGCCAGCAGCAAAGCCGCGGUCGUCCACCAGUGGCCAGAGACCUCGGCGGAGGGGUAAAACGGCAGCCGCCAUUCGUCCGCCUGGCCCUGGGGGCGACACCGGACAUAGCUCGACGGUGCACAUUUCUUGAUCCAGAACUCCUGCCCCGGCUCGCCGAGGAGGGGAUGUCUCACGACGAAUCGCCCCAGCCAAGCCGGGUUUCUUCGCCUACAGACGAUGCUACGAGCUCGUACCGAAGCGCCGCCAUCACAUCGCCUUCCAUGCACGACACCGGGGCACUGACCCCGCUGCAGAGAUGGGCCGUCAACGCCUCUGACUCCCAAUUUAAUGCCAUCGCCGGUGCUCUCGGCGGCUUCACGUCCGGCAUAGUCACAUGUCCACUUGAUGUCAUUAAGACCAAGCUGCAAGCUCAAGGGGCGUACACAGUGGUCGACAAUGGCCGCAUGGUUGGCCACCCGAAGCUCUACAAUGGGCUGGUUGGCACGGCCAGGGUCAUCUGGCGCCAGGAAGGCAUACGCGGCAUGUAUCGGGGGCUGGGUCCCAUCGUUCUGGGGUAUCUGCCAACCUGGGCGGUGUGGUUCACAGUCUACAAUAAGAGCAAGGUGUGGUUGGGACACCACAACGGAAACAUUCAUAUUGUUAAUUUCUGGUCCUCCAUAAUUGCUGGUGCAAGCAGCACAAUUGUCACGAAUCCGAUAUGGGUCAUCAAGACGCGGCUCAUGUCACAGAGCCACUCACCAGCGAUAGAUCAUCAUGACCUACACACCAUCUACCCCAAGCCCGGUAACACGCCAACCACGCGCCCGACACUGCACGCUCCGUGGCAUUAUCGGUCGACCCUGGACGCUGCGAGGAAGAUGUACACAUCCGAGGGCCUCGCCUCGUUUUACUCGGGCCUCACCCCGGCUCUUCUCGGCCUCACCCAUGUCGCUGUACAGUUUCCGACGUAUGAGUACCUCAAGACGACUUUCACCGGCCAAGGCAUGGGUGAGGCGCCUGCGCACGGGGAAAAGCCGCACUGGCUGGGCAUUCUGUCCGCUUCCAUCCUGUCCAAGAUCCUAGCCAGCAGCGCAACGUAUCCCCACGAGGUGAUUCGCACCAGACUCCAGACACAAAGGCGACCGGUAGCUGGCGAGCAAUAUCUCCAGGGGCUAGGCAUAUCUACAACAGCGCCCAACGCCUCUGCGAGCAAGGACACGCGAAAGUAUCGUGGCAUCGUCAUGACGUUUCAGGCGAUACUUCGGGAAGAGGGCUGGCGGGCUUUCUACGCAGGGUUGGGGACCAACAUGAUGCGAGCCGUGCCGGCAGCGACGGUGACGAUGCUGACUUAUGAAUACGUGAUGCGACAGCUCAACCAGACCAGGCUGGACGGCCUGGAAAAGCGAGACCGGCUGGCCGAACAGCCAUAGUGGCACGUAUGCGCGAGCCAAUUCUCGGGAGACGGGGUGACAGAGACGUUCCACACUUUUCAUGACGGCACGCGGAAUACACGGGCGCGGCUCAGAUACCCGGGAGGUGGACGGCUGUCGGUAUAGACAUGUUGGCCGAAACCAUGAUGCAAGCGGAGCGGCUCAAAGGCCGUCAGGUCCGCCCAUGCAACUGCAUCUUUUUCCUUUUUGUUCCACGUGUAACGCCACACGGUGUUUGGCCGGUGUUCUCGGAGGCAAGGGUCAGAGGGGGACAAUCUUGCAUGAGCUUGGGGAACGGCACGGGGUUGUAGCAUAGCACUUUGUAUGUAGAUAAGCACAGGAGUUGCUGAUUCCCUAUAGAGGCUUUCGAUCGAAUUUUCAA